UGGUCCGAUGGAUCGGUGCUUGAGGACGUCACAUGGGUUGAUGGUUACCCGAUAACCCCGCAAUACUGGAAGUGUGGGAUGUAUGAAAGACAUAACUCUAAACUUAUCAAUUUGGAUUGUGAUUAUAUGUAUCCACUGGUGUGCCAAGCGCCGUCGAGCACGACUAGCACGCUGAAGCCAACAUCAAUCACAACCAAGCCAACAUUUUCCACGUCUGAGCCAACGUCUUCAACGUCACAAUCGACGUCCUCUACGCCUGAACCAACAUCAUCAACACCCCAGUCACCAACCACACCCGAACCAACAUCCUCAUCGUCUGAACCAACAUCUUCAACGUCACAAUCGACGUUCUCUACGUCUGAACCAACAUCAUCAACACCACAGCCAUCAACCACAUCCGAACCAACAUCCUCAUCGUCUGAACCAACAUCUUCAACGUCACAAUCGACGUCCUCUACGCCUGAACCAACAUCAUCAACACCCCAGCCAUCAACCACACCCGAACCAACAUCCUCAUCGUCUGAACCAACAUCUUCAACGUCACAAUCGACGUCCUCUACGUCUGAACCAACAUCUUCAACAUCUGAACCGGCAUCAUCCACUACUGCUGAACCAUUAACCACAUCUCGACCGACACCCACAACCUCUGAGCCAUCAACUCCUACGGCAAAACCGACGCCUUCCAUGCCUGAGCCAACAUCUUCAACGUCUGAGUCGACAACAUCUACUCUACCGCCAACAUCAUCGACUCCGUCAUCAACACACUCGCCAGCCCCAUCGUCUAUUUCGCCAACUACGCCGGCACCGCCCACGUCUCGUACGCCGCCGUCGGUCGCGUGUCCGGCCGCCGAUGGCUGGGUAGACCUGGAGGCGGGCGACAGCCGUUGUUACUACCUGAGCGCCAAUGACCCGGCCGCCGAGCCGCUGGCCUGGGGCGCAGCGCAUCUGGCCUGUCAGAUUGCAAACGCUAGCCUGGCCUCGGUGCCGUCCGUGAUCGCCUUCUACGCGGUGGCGUUCGGGGUGCGGCAGACGGCACGUGACGCGUGGACCGGCCUGCUGAACAUCGCCGGGCAGAGGAGCUGGCUGGAUGGCACCGCUUACAACCACCAGCUGGACCAGUUCUUCGAUAAUAAGAGCCACACAGCGCAGAUCACCUACGGCUACAUUUCGGCCGAGGACGGACUCUUCCAUUUAGGUGAAGACACGACGCCAGCUGCGUACGUCUGCUACCAGGACAUGACGCCACCGACCCAACCAACGACAACUACGGUUACAACGACCGCUGCUCCCACCACCACCGCACCACCCUGCGGUUCGACGGAAUGGGUGGCGUACAACGACACGUGCUACCUGUUCACGGAGGACGAGCAGUACUGGGCUGUCGCCGCACACGGCUGUCAUGAGAUGGACGCCGAGCUGGUGUCCGUCCAUAACACAGGUCUGGUGACCUUUCUCCUGCUCCGGGCUGGAGACGCCGUCUACUGGACUGGACUGCAGGACGAGAACGCAACCUACGUCUGGGAAGAUGGGACGCCCACGACAGACGUAAAUGAUGUGUUGGCCGACUACCUUGACGAGUGGGAAGAGGGCAAGAACUGUGUAGCAAUGGACAAGACCAAGUUCCCCGAGGCCCUAGUUCACGAAGGAUUGUUUCACCUUGCAUCCUUAUGUCUGUUAUAAGCCGCUUCACCAAGGCGCUGUGUUGUAACCUUUAAUUGUGGCGUGACUUGUGACUUAAGAGACAUCAUGGAUGUGCCUGAUUGUCAACCUAGUCUAUGCGCUUACAGAACGCGUCAGUUUACAAGAUGUCUUCCUUUGGGUACACUUUCUGAUGCGUGAUCGGCAUGCGUUGGCCGCAAGGCCUAUGUUCUGACCUUUAUUGUGUGAUGACCAGAUCAUAUGGCUGAUUGUACGCCAGAUUCACAAGCCUGAGCAUAGCUGGCAUACAUCCGCGAUGCGUGCGGAUGCUUUAAGCGCAAAAACGAAGUUACGGAAACGGUCUCAAAAAAUUUGUUUAAUGCACGGCUGAUCAGAAGGUACGGGAAUAAAUGCAUCAGCACCCAUCGGGGAGGCUACUGUUAUGUGCUGCAAGACAGGUGUUAUACCAUGUUAGGAUGAAUCGACUUUUGCA